UUGGUAUAUAAGAUCACGAGUGUCAUCAAUCUCGACUGAACAGUGGAAAGCAUCUGUUCAUUUGGGGGGAAAUGAACGUUCCUCCUGUAGGACAUAAGAAUUGUAUUCAGGGAUUCAUGACUUUCUGAAGAUGUUACAUUCAGGGAAAUGAAAGUUUCUCCUGCACGCUUCUUUCUGAUCAUCAGAAAGCAAGAAUCUUUUUUGUUCAAGAUGAAGAUGUUGCAUUUUUGCAAUGAUUUUCGGUCAGUUGUUCAGUUGUCGGGAUUCAUGAAUUAAAUGAAUAAGUGUUAUGCGAGGGCUUAUGAGCGCCAAGAAACUGCUGCUUUCGACUGCCACCGGCUACAACCCGAUCCCGCAGAUAGUCCGGAACUCGUUAAAGCGGAUCCAGAACCGCAUCCUCCAAUCAGCCCCACCGUUCUUGGCGAAGGACCCUUCAGUCUUAUCCACGAACCUCAUCAAGUCUUACUGCGAGAAGGGCCUUGUCAAGGAAGCACGGGUGCUGUUCGAUGAAAUGCCCAAGAGAGACGUGGUCGCAUGGACGGCCAUGAUCACAGGCUAUGCGUCAUGCCAUCACCAUAUCCAAGGGUGGGCUGUGUUCUGCGAUAUGCUGAGGGAAGAGGACAGGCCCAAUGAGUUCUCGUUGUCUAGCGUGUUGAAGGCGUGCAAGGGCAUGAAGGACCUUGAUUGUGGGAGAUUGGUGCAUUGCUUGGCAUUCAAGCUUGGGCUUGAAGGGUCAAUGUACGUCGAGAAUGCGUUAAUGGACUUAUACGCCACAUUGGACCUGAGCAUGGAUGAUGCGUGUGUGAUUUUCUGUAAUAUGGACAAGAAGAAUGCAGUUUCUUGGACCACCCUGAUUGCCGGUUACACUCACCGUGGUGAUGGCUAUAAUGGGCUUGCUCUGUUCCGUCAGAUGGUGGUGGAAGAAGCGGAACUGAACCCGUUUAGCUUCUCCAUUGCAGUUAGAGCUUGUGCCUCAAUUGGAUCGCAUCUUUGUGGCCAACAGAUGCACGCUGCAGCGACUAAGUAUGGGUUCCAGUUCAAUCUUCCAGUCAUGAACUCCAUAUUAGACAUGUACUGCAGGUGUUCUUGCCUGUUCGAGGCAAGCAAAUGCUUCCAUGAUAUGGGUGAGAAAGAUUUGAUCACAUGGAACACAAUCAUAGCUGGGUUCGAAAGAACUGAUGCGCGCGAGUCCCUCCACAUCUUUUCCCAGAUGGAGCCUCAAGGUUUUAGUCCCAACUGCUUCACCUUUACCAGCAUCACAGCUGCUUGCGGAAAUUUAGCAAUUCUUACUUGUGGGCAACAGGUUCAUGGAGCAAUUAUUCGUAGGGGUCUUGAGGGUAAUAUGGCUUUGGCUAAUGCUUUUAUCGAUAUGUAUGCUAAGUGUGGUAGCAUACGUGCCUCGAGAAAAAUAUUCAAUGCUAUGUCUCAUAGGGAUCUGCUUUCUUGGACAUCUAUGAUGAUUGGGUAUGGAGCUCAUGGCCAUGGAAGAGAGGCUGUGGAAUUGUUUGAUGAGAUGGUCAGGUCGGGAAUUAGACCUGACAGGAUUGUUUUCAUGGCAGUCCUGAGCGCUUGCAGUCAUGCUGGGCUUGUAGAAGAAGGUUUGAGGUACUUUGAACUAAUGAAGAGAAAAUAUAACGUAACCCCGUGUCAAGAGAUUUAUGGGUGUGUGGUAGACCUGUUAGGUCGUGCAGGAAGAGUAGAGGAGGCUUAUCAGUUGAUCGAGAAAAUGCCAUUCAGGCCCGAUGAAUCUGUUUGGGGUGCACUUCUCGGAGCUUGUAGGGCCCACAAACUUCAGAAAGUGGGCAUGUCGGUUGCUCGAAGAGUGUUAGAUUCGAGGCCAAGUAUGGUGGGCACAUAUGUGAUGCUAUCAAAUAUCUAUGCAGCUGACGGUAUAUGGGGGGAGUUUGCUGAGGUGAGGAAGAUGAUGAGAGGAAUUGGGAGCAAGAAAGAAGCCGGGAGGAGUUGGAUUGAAGUGAAAAACCAGGUUUUCAGCUUCGUGGUCGGAGAUAAGAUGGGCCCUCACAUCGAACAGGUGUAUGGAGUUCUUGAUCUGCUGAUUCAGCACAUGAGAGAAUCAGGGUAUGUACCUGAUUCAGAUGCAAUGAUCCACGAAAAAGAUGGGACAAUCAAGGCCCUAUGCCGAUUCGGACACAGUACUUCCAAAACUUCAGGGGCUGAAUAUCAUAAAGGAAUGAUCUUUACCAGUAAGAGGAAGAGAUAUGCCAUCGGGAUUUACGAGUCGGGGACUCCACAGUCUUGAGGACAGCUGAAAAUGUUACUGCUACGAGAUCUGUGUUUAUCACAAUACAUGCAAAUAUGCUGACGAGGUGGAAGUAUGGGGUAGAAAAAAAGAUUGCACGGAUAUCAAAUUUGCCAGGUUCCAAUUCACUGACCUUCAAUUAUGGAUGAAAUUUAAUGGUAUUUCAAUUAAGUUAA